AUGCAUGGUUCAGCAUCUCUUGGUGCUUCAAAACCUUACGGGUCAGCAUCUUUUGGCACUUCAAAACCUCAUGCUGCUAAUUUUGAGCCAAGUGUUCCCACUUAUCCGAGUGACAGCAGCCUAUCUGGCACGACUCAUCCGGCCCCAACUCCGAAUUAUGACAAUCUACUUUGCCCCAUAUGUUUGAACAAUGCAAAAGAUCUGGCCUUUGGAUGUGGUCAUCAGACAUGUUGCGAAUGUGGACAAGAUCUUGAGACGUGCCCCAUCUGCAGGAGCAUCAUUCACACCAGAAUUAAGCUUUAUUAGAAACUUGUUUGGUUUAAGCUAAAAUUCUUUGAAUAUUUUUUUAUUUAAAUUCAAUUUUAGGGUUA